AUGCCUCCGCCGGCCGUACGGAGGGGCGAGGGGCGCGUUGGCGGCGGCUCCUCGGACGCGGCUGACCGCCCUUUGCUUCCCCCCAAGCGCGACGACGUUGGGGCCGCCAUGAGCAAAAACCCGCAGCAGACGCGCUUAGAGCCACGGGAAUCCCAGGUGCACAAUGGUAAGCUCCCAGAAAUUUCUUGCCUUCCAGAACUCCAACCAAUUGUUUGCCAGCCUUCUGAAGAACAAAAAUUGCCAACUCUGACGUCUGACGGCACGAAUCUGGAUAACAAAGUCUUAGGAAAACCAUUUGGGAGUUUUCAGUUUGAGCGUAGCUGGAAGAAUGCGGUGAUAAAGACAAAAAAGAUAAAACAAGCAGAAUAUACCUCUGCAUAUGGCUUGAGAGAAAUGAGUGAAAAUACUGCAAUGCAAAGUCUUACUCAGGGAUCUGAGAGACAGAAGACAAAAGGUGCUACUAAUUCAUAUCCUGUCAGCGCUUGCAUUAAUGAAGACUAUGGUUGUUUGCCACCCUUAUACUGGCUGCCAUCUACCUCAUCACAAUGUUUUGACAGCUUUUACAAAAGCAGAGGAGAUACAGUCAUUGAAGGCAUUCACAGAAGAGGGACGUGUUCUUGGAAACCAGGCUCUUUGAAGGUACCUGGGGUGCAUGGUGGAGCUGGAGAAGAAGGUGCUGAAAGGUUGAAGAAGUACAACCGGUGUUCCAGCCUAAUUUCAUUUCCAGAGGGGUCCAAAUUCAAGCCUGGCAAAGGCUGUCACUUCACAGAUCCUGUUAGUGGAGCUCCUUCUCAAUACAUCCAGCGGCUUUCUCAACUGGCUGCUCUGGAAUGCGAAACCAUUCACCAAGAGAAAACCACAAGAGUCAGGCGGAUCAAGAAACAUCACACUUCACAGGCAAGGAGCAGGCUCCCUUAA